AUGAACGAGAAAACUGGAGAGAAUUUUCCCUUCGCCAAAAACCAUGGCAUCGAUUACCUAUUCAGAAAAAACAUACAUAGCAUGGACGGCAUCAAAGGGAAAAUAAAAACCAUCUACGAAGAUUUUCAUGUGCAUGAAAUUACCAGAAACAACAACAUUUUGCACUUGGAACAAUUCAUACAUGGAAAAAAAAUUAAUCAAAUCAUUCACCAGAAUGAGGAAGACGAGAGGCAAAAAUUAAUCAGCAGCAUCUCCAAAACGGAUUUACACCUACAUGUGCUAGCCAAGUAUGUAAACAAAAAUGAUGUGAACACAUUCAAGCAAUUUCUAACCCUGUUACACGAUAUAUAUCAGUUAAAAGUGAAGAGUGAGGCGGGUGAAUUACCGCAGGAGGCAACGAGGGAAGGCUUGGACAAAGUGUCCAUUCCGUACUGUCUCUUUAUACACCUCGAUGAGAUGCCUACUCGGGAGAAGUCCCAUUCAAAUGAACAUCAGGAUGUCGUUCACGAUGAAGAACCCACCGAUGGAAACAAAGCAGCGCGAAGAAACAUCCACCAUGUUAUAAAACAAUAUUACCCAUUUCUCUUGACCGAGACGAAGAAUGUCCCCCAGAGCCAAGGUGUCCUUGCGCAUGGAAAUAUACUACAAGGCAAUGCCAACAGUAACAAUAACAAUAACAUUAUAGAGCUCACCAAAGCAAAAAAGACUGAUGUACACAUCAGCGCCAUACAAAUUUACCCCUCCUUUAACUGCCUAAAAACUAUUUUGCCACAAGAUAUAUUUAAUAAAUUAAAAGGACAUGCAAAGAAAUCUCGAAUCAGCCAAAACGACCAACUGGAAAAUAUUAUCUGCCAAAAGUUGGACCAAAUGGAAGAAAAAAAAAAAAUCACAAAAUUACCUGAACAGGUUAGGAAGUUUCACCGAGAAAAUUUUGCCACGGAUAUCCCUUACGCUGCAGAGGGAUUCAUCGAAAAUAAGAAAAGGAAAAUUGAGUACGGGCCUUUGUCUCAGACUUCCCAUGGCAACUACACAUGGGGGGUGAACACGCCGAGGGAGAAUAAAAAGGGGCAAGGCGAAGCGGAAGGCAUAACCACUACGCCAAACCUUUGUGAGGGACCCGUGCGUGACAAUUCCAAAGACGCAACGCACGGAGGUGACCCCCCAAAAGAGACCACCCCAACAUGUGACGAGCAUGGCGUGCCCACCAACAGAAAUACUUCCCCCUCGGGUUCUAAUAAAAAUGGUGACAAGGGUCACACCCCUUUCAACCAGCUUAACUACGAAGAACACUCCGAAAAUGACGGAGGGCGAAACUUCCUGGAUAAGCUGAACGACCACAGGAAGAAGAAAAGCGAACAAAAAAAGGGAAAGAAUUAUCUACACUUCAAUUUGUACAAAGAAAACAAAGACAUAUGCGAAGUGCUACACAAAAUAAAAGUAAAUUUAAAAAAAAAAAACGGAGACAUAUCAUACUGUGGGAUUAAGGAUAAGAGGGGUAUAACGGUGCAAAGGUUUUGCAUCCACAGGGCGAAGAUGCUCGAUUUGUUUAAGCUUAUAAUGGGGGGCGACUCUGACAGCCACGAUAGAAGCCACGAUAGAAGCGACCAUAGAAGCGACGAUAGGAGUGGUUCCCGCUCCUGGUGCAACAAUGUCUACGUGUCCAACCUCAGGUACAGAAAAAAAAAACUAUCCCUGGGCGAUUUGAAGGGGAACUUCUUUAAGGUCCUAAUCAGGGGUGUGCAGGACACCUCGGAGGAAAAAUUCUCCGCCCUCGCCGAAAACUUUAAAAAGGCAGGAUUCGUAAACUACUUCGGCCACCAACGAUUUGGCAGUAAAAAAAUAAAAAAUUACGAAAUUGGAAUUUGCAUACUGAAGAAGAAUUACAAGCAGGCUCUCUUCCACGUCAUUGAGAAUGCUGGGCUGGACAACUCCAAGAAGAGUCGCCUCAUUAAGUACUUGAACGACUUGGAAGCGACAAAUGGGGUGGAAGACAAAAGUGAUGCGGUCGUUCUGACCACACACAAUGAUGAGUCAUCACAUGCGAGGAAAGACGAGAAGGAUGAUCAGGAGGAAGCAGACCAAAAAGACGCGCAUCAAAAGGAAGACCCAAUCGUAUGUGUUGAGAACGCCCCUCUGCCCACACCAAAUUGUGAAAAAGGAAAAAACUUUUUUAAAAAAAAAAAAGAAAAAAAAAUGAACGGAACACCACACAGAACUGUAAAAGAAGAGCAAAACCAACUUCCAAAAGAAAUUUCAGAAAUAAUAAACUCCAUUUCGAGCCACUCCCAUGUAGAAAAAACAAUUUUGUGCUCCUUAAAAAAUGAUAAAAAUUUUAAAAAUGCAUUCAUGAAUUUACCCAAGGAUAUAUUUUCCCUCUUUAUACAUUCUGCUCAAAGUCUUAUAUUCAACAUCCUUGCGGAUAUUCGAAUGAAGAAGUAUGGCUUUGGUGUUGUGGUAGGCGAUCUUAUCGAUUCCACUCGUAAUAGUGAAGAAGUUCUAACCAGUGAUAGUUCCACUGAGCAUUACUCAGAUGAGACGGAAGAAGACGAACCUUUAUACGAAACAAACAUAAUCCCAGUGACACAUGAAAACAUUUCCCUGUACGAUAUGUACGAUGUCGUUUUACCUUUACCUGGAGAUAAGAAUUUUGUGUUUCCUCCAAACCUCACGGAAGAAUACAAAUCUGUGUUGAGCAAUUUGCACUUAUCAUUAGAUUAUUUUCGAUCCGAAAAAAACUUCUUCAGCGCGCCAGGCGGGUAUAGAAAGGUCGUUGUAAAACCUCGUGAUUUCAAGUCCCUUUUUAUUAAAAGUGACGGAGCGGGUGGGGGCAGGAUUCCCUUCAUAAGGAGUGAUUUGAGCAGGCUGCUGGAGCAGGAGGGGUGGGCCGCCAAUUCGGCCAUCAAUUCCGCGACCAAUUCAGCAGCGGCGAGUGAUGAGUCAAAAGGGGACGCUGCCAACCCCACACCUAUAACGCACAUGGAGGACGACAUGCAAACACACAUCACCUUCGUCCAGAGUGACGUGUACCACGAGCAUUUAAUUAAGGAGGUACCCAAUUAUCGAACGACGGCCUCUAUCCUUUUGACUUGCUCCCUGCCCAAAUCGUCCUACAUCACGGUGGCACUCCUGGAGGUACUGAACAGUUAG